AUGCAAUUGUAUUCCUUGUUCAAAACGGUAAUUUCGGAAAAUGUACCCACCUGUGUCUACACACUGAAACAUUCACGUUCGACUGUUGUAUUUUCCGCAGAUCGUGCGACAUCCUACAUUUUUACCUUCACUGUGCCUUUGCUUUCUCAGCUUUGGUGUAGACAUCGUCGUUUUGGUGAGGAACAUCUUUUGUUAGUCGGCGACGAUUUGAAUGAUCUGCGAUCGGUUUCCCCACUCCGGAACCUUUCCCAUCACCAAAAUGCUGAUCGUCCAGAAAGACUGACCGAAGAAGCUGACCAAUCCGUGGAAUUGCGCAGAGCGGGACAGACCACUUCCUCCGUGAUUCAAUCGAGCUCUCUUUUCGGCGCUUCUAGCCACCUGUUGGAUGUCACAAUAAACCAGCCCGCCAACGUGACCGAUCUGGAUGUUUCUAUAAAAACCCCUCUGCUUGUUAAGCCAACAACUGCGGAGGUUGAUGCAGUCCGGACCAACACUACUCCAGUUCCAAAUAUCACUGACCAGUGUUUGCCUCAAAUUGAGACAACCACAUUGGUACCACUUCCAGAAGAGUUGGAAGAGCCUAUGAGACAACCCUGUCCUUUAGAGCCGAAAACAACGGUUCCUGAAGCAGCCUCAGUUCCCGAGCAGCUAUACGCCAACGCGGGGCGUGUAUGGAGUCGUUUGCAAGAGCUACUUGCCAUGUCCGACUCCAAUUCGGUGAACAUGACACAACUGUGUCCGUGUGGCAUUUCCAAACGGGACGCUGCAAUCGCGUUUGCCGCCGUACUCGCCUUGGCGAAAAAGCGGUUGAUUCUACCUACUCAAAAUGAGCCCUAUGGCCCCAUUACUAUUCGUUACUUUUGA